AUCAUCAACGACGUUUAACGGCAAGUCGCAAACAUGAGGCCUCACGUUCCUACGGCGCUUCUCAGCGCCUUCCAAGGCCUCAGAGUAUCUGCGAUUCCAUCGAUCAGCCCCGUAGGCGCUGUGAUCCGGCCACAAAUUACCAAGUCGCUGGUCGCAUCCCAGAUCCUCCGUGAUGCUCGCCCAUUCUCCUCGACGCCCACGAGACAAGGCACCUGGCUCGAACCCUCGAUCGACCGGACAAAGAAAAUGAUGAAGGGGCGGCCUCGUGUGGCUACCGGAGGUUCAACCAAGGGUACAACUGUCAUCUGGGGUGACUAUGGCCUUCGGAUGAAGGACCACCACCGCAGAAUCAGCGCCAAGCAGCUUAAGAUCGCGGAAGACACGAUCAAGAUGAGAUUGCGUGGUCAAAAAUACCGACUGUACAAGAGAGUGUGCUGCAACGUCGGUGUCUACGUGUCGGGCAAUGAGAUGCGUAUGGGUAAGGGAAAAGGUUCUUUCGACCAUUGGGCGGCACGUGUGGCUGUCAACCAGAUCGUUUUCGAGGUCAAAGGAAUGCUUCACGAGGCAGUUGCUAAGGACGCCUUUCGUUUGGCAGGCAACAAGUUGCCCGGCCAGUGGGAAUUUGUGCACAAGGGAGAGGCGCCUGUGGUCGGUAUUACCAAGCUUGACGGCGUUACGCUGGAGGAACUGAAGAAACCAAGGAAGCCGAUUGCGCCCAAAGAUUUACUGGCCGAGGCCACAAGCAACCUUACCAGCGCAUCAUCUACCACUUCGCCGUCUACUAAGCCUUGAGGUGGACGACAGCCGGGCUGUAACAUAAUCACAUCCAUGGCGAGACAGUCAAUGAGUAGUCUCAACAACAUGGAGUGGCUGUACUAUAUAGAUGAUCAUGUUGGAUGAUCAACAUGGGUUAGGAGCUGUACAAAAAAAAGGAACAUUCCAUUUGCGCCAGACCUGACCAUAGUUGUGCUAUUCAAGACACUCAUUGAAGAAAGCAACCAAUUGGGCGAGCGCCAUGCGGAUUUCCGCCUGCUUGACUAGAUGCACGGGAACAAUUACAUGGUGUGGCGUGCAUUGAGUCGAGCACGGACCAUGACGCGC